UUAACAGCAUUUGAAAUUUUAUUUGCAAACUGAAGAGAUUCUGUAUACUUGUAACUAAUGAACUAAUUUUUUUUCUGAGUGAAUUAUUUCAAAAAUAUCUCUUAUUAUUGCUUUCAAAAUAGAGAAAAUAUGUGGUUCGGACUUAUAUAGUGAAAUGGUUUUUCAGCUCUAAAACUAAUUAGUACAUUUACGAAUCUAUGUGUAAAAGAAACCAUUUGCUUGUGGCAUGUGUAAUAUGGCAUUUUCUGAAAAUUCGCAUUUAAAGUUACAUUUACGAACGCAUACGAAAGAGAAACCAUUUUCAUGCAAUGCUUGUAAUAAAACGUUUGCUCAUAUGCAGAGUUUAAAAACGCAUAUACGGACACAUAUGAAAGAGAAAUCACUAGCUUGUAACAUGUGUAAUAAAACAUUUUCUCACAUAUCGAGUUUAAAGAAUCAUUUACGAAUACAUACCAUGGAGAAACCAUUUGUAUGCCAUAUUUGUAAUAAAGCAUUUUCGGAAAAGUCAAAUUUAAAUUCACAUUUGCGAACACAUACGAAAGAGAAACCGUUUAUAUGUGACAUAUGUAAUAAUACGUUUUCUCAAAGGGCGAGUUUAAAGAGACAUUUACGGAUACACACGAAAGAGAAGCCAUUUGCAUGUGAUUUAUGCGAUAAGACAUUUUCUCAAAAGUCAAUUUUAAGAAAUCAUUUACGUACACAUACGAAAGAGAAACCGUACGCAUGUCACAUUUGUAGUCAAUCAUUUUCCCACAAGACAUCUUUUCAGGUGCAUUUACGAAUGCAUACGAAAGAGAAGCCGCACGCUUGCAAUAUUUGUAACAAAGCGUUUUCUCAUAAAUCUCAUUUAAAAUCACAUUUGCUGACUCACACGAAUCUGAAACCGUUUCCAUGUGCCGUCUGCAAUAAAGCAUUUUCUGAAAGAUCGAAUAUGAAAAGGCAUUUACGAAUACAUCUGAAUGUGAAUUUUACAGAUGCAGGCGUUUGAAUGUGAUUUAUGUAGUUAAAAAAAAUUGUUUUCUUUGGGUGGCUUCUUUUGACACACACCAUCAAAAACACUUGUGUAUACCUGUAGUGUUGCUAAUUCAUUUUCUUUUAAAAGAGCAUUUGAAAUGACUUUUAUUGAUAAAAUUGUAAUUUUGAAUUUUUUUUUAAAUCCUUUGCACAAAACGUAACAUUUGAAAUCUUAGAUUUGCAAACUACCACCAUUAAUUCAUUUCAUUUCAAAUAUUUCAGUAAGCUGUCAGCUUCGUGUUAUACAAUUGUUUUAUUUCCAGUAGUAUGAAAACGUUUCCGCGCCAACUUCUUGUGAAGAAUACAUAUUAAAUAGAAAUACGGCAUCUGUGAAAUGGUUAAACAUGAUAAUACUAGUGUCACAUUUCUCAAUAAUUUGUUUUGUUUGGAAUAGGUUUAAACAUUAAUCAUUAAUAUAAACAGUUAUGAUAUGUGAGUAUUACUCAAAGUACAGUUGAAAAAAACAUUUCAGUGUCUUAAAGAUAUUCGAAAUAAAUCAAAGUUGCGGAAUAGAUUUACUGCUGAUUCCUCCCCCUCCCCCAUCUUUAUUUAGGGUAGUUCUAAUGUCUAUUUAUUUUGUUGUUGUUAAUAUUUAAUGAUUUCUCCAUCAUUCUCAUUUGUGAACAAUAUUUUUUACUUUCUCGUGUAUGAAGUAUGGGAAAAAAUUUAAUCUUCAAAAAAUUCGAGUUCUAGAUUUUUACAAUUCUGCAAGUCACAGACCUCUCUGAGUGUGGAAAACACACUUUUGGCGUUAUGUCUGUCUGUCUGUGAACACGAUAACUCAGAAACUCUUUGAGUUGGAAGAAUAAAAUUUGGUAUAUAGAACUUAGACCAAAUUUUCCAUUCCAUCGGAGAUUCCGAAAAAAAAAAAAAAUCCAUUCAGUGGAAGUCUGUCUGUCUGGUUGUUGAAAUACAAGCGAACUCGAUAAAUACAAAACAUAAAGAGCUAAAUAGAUAAAAUUUAGUGCUUAGGUUUAGCACUUAAAAUGUAAAUUCGUGUCAGAUUUUGAAAUAAAUCUGCCAAAAAAAUUGACCUCCUGUCUUUCUGUAUUGUCGCAUACGCGUAACGGCAGUGACAUAAAUCAGUGAAAUUCGGUAUAUGAGCUUGCGACACCAACUGUAGUUCGGUUUCAAAUUUCAGUUGCAAUCAGUUGGAAAAACGCCUUCCAAUAUCAAAUAUCAAUAUUUCGCAACUAUUGUUCGCCAAAGCCAUGCAAGGCAUUCGUGACCCUUAACAAGGUCCACAAUUUUAAGUUGGAAAAGAAGAAGAAUAUAUUAGAGAUUAUGCGAGACUAUGUCUACUGAUUUAAACUGAAACCCCACAUUUGUUCAGUAAUCUCAUGUUUUCUAGAUAAGUUAGAUAAUCAGUACUUUUAUCGUGUUCUAGAAUGUCUCAUCUAUAAAAAAAAAAAAAUGUAUCUUUGGAAAACGUUUUAUCUUCUUAUAUAAAGUUCAUCGUAAGCAUGCUUCAUCAACUAAUACUUUCUUAAGGUAAUUUUACCAAGUUUUGAGGUAAAUUUAAUUACAAAUCUUUGUUCCAUCCUAAUAAUUCAGCAUUUCUUCCCAAAUGAAUGGCUGUAUCUUUUAGUUUAAGAGACACACAGAACUUUUGACAGUACACCAGCAGAUCAUCGUACUCCGGUAGAUAGAAACAUAACACCAGCUUAAACCCUUUUUUGACAUUUGAUAUAUUUCCUUUUCUAUAAAACAUCUGGUUGGAUAUUUAUGACUUAAUUACUCGUGUUUUAUUUCAUAGAGAGCAACUUAUUAAAAAUGCAUAUCUGAAUUAACUUAUAUUUUAAUGUACUAUCAAUUAACUUAUUAAUAUUAAAAUGUAUAUAUUAUAUUGUAUUUAAUAAAUUAAUAAGCAUUUGUAUUUUGCUGCAGAAAAUUGUAAAUAAAAGUAUUUCCUUUUAAUUAUUUUACGGUUAUCUAUCUGAUUAACAUUUUAAUAUGAAAUCAUACUGAAAGCUUAAUGCAAGUUCAUUACAGAUAUAUUGUAAUUUAUUCUGUUUGUUAUGAAUUAUGUUCCCUAUUCACAGAAAUAUGAUAAGCAAUCGUAUGUUUUAAUUAUGGAAUUGGUGUAAAUAGUUUCCUGCUUUUAAAUUUGUUUUUUAAAUUAAUCUUUUUAAUCGAAUUUUUUUAUAAAUUUAACCAUGGAAUAUGUUUUAUUAAAUUAAAAUGGAGAAUUUUUUAAUAUUUUUUACACUAUAUAAGUCAUUUAAUGAAAACUAACUGUAACCAUAAAUAAUGAAAAAUUAAUUAAACAGUA